AUGGAAUCUGGCGACAACGACGACGGCAAAGAGCUGUUCGACCAAGAACCGGAUCUGGAGGAAGACUUCGGCGAGAAGGAGUGGCCGUUCGCCGGCGAAGGCAAGCUGGACGACGUUCCAGCUCCGACGGGAACCGCCUGCAUCAAGAUCAGCAACACCCUGGGCGAAGCAAGCGAGCACUCAGGGGACUUCUCCUUCGGGGGCCAAGCCGACCUGCUGCCGCCCGUUCCAGGCCUCUUUGUCGACGGCGUGGGGCCCGUGCCCGUGCCUUUGUGGGAGGAGCGGGCCUUGAAGCUCAUCGAUAAGUGUGACAAGUCUCCGUUCGGUCACAACAUGGACACCAAGCUGGACGAGAGUGUCCGCAAGAGCUGGCAACUGGCACCGGACCAAGUGCAGUUCAAGAACCCAUCGUGGCAAGCGGGCAUCGACAAGAUGGCGGUGGCCAUCGCCUACCGACUCGGGUACAAGGGCAUCCCGCUGCAGUGCGUGCUGUACAAGCUGCUGGUGUACGGGGAGGGCGGCCACUUCGUCAAGCACCAGGACACGGAGAAGGAGGACGGCAUGAUCGCCACGCUGGUGGUGCAGCCGCCGAGUCUGCACGAAGGAGGGGAUCUGGUCGUGUAUCGUGAUGGCCAAGUGAAGUACCGCCAUGAUUUCGGUGCGGCGGAAGGCACAGCCACGUACCUGACGCACUACGCGGUUCAUUAUGCUGACGCAGAGCACGCUGUGGAGAAGGUGACGAAGGGGUAUCGACUCGCAUUGGUGUCUCGGUGUGCUUGCCAUCGACGAUGCGGCACCUGGAACGAAAUCCAAACAAACCUAUGA